AUGCUGUCCCGGCUGUGGGGCUCUGUGAAGCGCCACCCGUACAAAGUGCUGGCGGGUGCGGCAGCUGCUGCAGCAGUAGCUGCUGCAGGAGCAGUAGCAGCAAAAAUCUACAAACACCACAAGAGGCUUGCUGCUUUGCUAGACGCCGACGAUGGGGAAUUAAGUCAGCUGCUACUGAAGGAGUUGGGACUGAGUGAGGGGGAGUUGACUCAGCUGCGGCAGCAGCAGCAGGAGCAGCAACAGCAGCAGCAGGUGACGGAGGCGGAGUGGGUUGCUGCAUUUCACUUCGUACGCAACCAGUGCGUGUCGGAUGUUUCGCUGCUGCUGCUUCUCAGGGAGGUGCAGCGGCAGCAGCAGCAGCAGCUGGAGGCAGCAUUCCCCGUAGACGCAUACACGCGAGUUCUUAGAGAGCCGCAGCAGUGCAGCAGGAUGACGCCGCAGCAGAAGGAAGUAUGUUUUAGAGAGUUGUGCGCUAAUGUGGUGGCACGGACGGUCAGCUGCACCGUGCUGCUGCUGCUGCUGCUGCUGCUGCACCGCGUCCAAGUCAACAUCCUCGCUGCGGCAUUGCUGCAGAAAGAGCAGCAGCAGCAGAACGAACAGCAGCAGCAGGAAGAGCAGCAGCGCCAGCACGAGCAGAACUUCGUCUUUCUUUCCUCAACUCGCCGUGCUGCUUCAGCUGCAGUCAUAUCGCGAAUUGCUGCAGCAGCACUCUCCGAGGUUUGUGCUUUUGUCUCCGUCUUCCCCCCGCAAAAGGCGAUAACGGCGGAGCUGCUACAGCAGCAGCUGCAGCAAAUCAUGUGCAGAAUGUGUUCGCGACUCUGCAGAGAAGCAACGCAGCAGCAGUGGCGGCAGCAGCAGCAGCAAGCAAUCAGGCGGCAACAAAUGCACAGUAGUCCCCCAGGUUUCGAAGACAUUGACAUUUCCAAAAAUGCUGCAGCAGCGGCAGCGGCAAGUGCCAGCGCAGCAGUAGCAGCAGAAGCAGCAGCAGCAGCAGCAGCAGCAUCGGCUGUAGGUGCAGGUGACUUUGUGGAGGAUGAGUACGGGUAUGCAGCAUUGCUGCUGCCGGAGGAGGAGUCUUUAGACAGCAACGAUCUUGCUGCUUUGCCUCCGGCUGCAGCGGGGCAGGUGUUGCUGCUGCUGCAGGAGGCGCGGGACGUUCUUGACUCCCCUGCUUUUGCUGCUGCUGUCAAAGGCCUGUGUGCUGCUGCUGCUGCUUGCCUAGUGCAGCGAAUUGUCGAGUCGCUUCAGGAAGCGGGCACGCUGCCCCCCGCUCCUGCUGUGCCGGCCGCUGCUGCCGCGUCGCCAGCAGCUGCAGCAGCAGCAGCAACAGCAGCAGAUCCUCGCAAAACCCCGUUUCAGCUGGCGCGGUGUCUCGGGUGUACAUGCAAAUUAGCAGAGUGGGCGCUCGGCGUGGGCUCCGAGGGGCAGCUGCUGCACUUGCUUUCUGGAGCAACAGAAACAGUUGAGCUAUCGGCUUUAUGUUACUGGGCUCCGCACUGCGACUUUGCGCGGGUGCAGCAGCUGCUGCACCUGGUGGCUUUGGCGCAGCAGCACGAGCAGCAGCAACAGCUUGGCCUCAAGGGCCCGAAUUUGCAGGCCUUGCAGGGGACCAACCAGCUGCAGCAGCAGAAAAUGCAGCAGCAGCACACCGAUCUCGCGUACGGUGCCGCCCAGGUUAUGUAG